GUGACUUUACUUAAAUUCAGUUUUAAGGCACAGUCUCAAACGAAAUCAGGUCAAAAAGAGAGGUGCUAUCCAAAUUUCAAUCUUUUGCCCCCAUUGUGUGUGGAAUCCAAUUCAAAGACGCCAAUAUGUCCGAGCAGUUCAACUUUAACGACGCCUUUAAUAGCCAAACCAUGCGAGGCCGCGCCAAUGUAGCCAAGGCCACCUGGGCUUCGGUGGGCUUGGUCUACGUCCUGGUCAAGAUGCACAAGCGCCAAUCGAAGCGUCGCGAGACGAAGCUCUACUGCAAGGGCUGCCAGCAGGCAAUGCUGCACGGCUAGGGGUCAUACACCCGUAUUCUCGUUUCCGUACACCCGUAUCAAGUAUCAAUUAUCAAGAAUCCCGUAAUCAGCCCCUCAGUUCCCAGUGCUGUAGUUCAAAACUCGUGUUCUUUGUCGAGUCAAUAAACUUCGGAUCUUGGCAACCAGUA